UAAAUAUAUCUGCGAGCUUUACCGCGCCGGCGGCAAGGCGAUUGAUGCGCCUGAUCGCGCUUCCGAGGAGAAAACCGCGACGCCCGGCAAAAGAAACACGCGAGCGGCGCGCGCGCCCUUUGGAGAAGCAGAGAAGAAAAGCGCGCGAAUCGAAAAUAAAAAAAAUAAGGCGCGCGCAAACUGGAGCGCGCGCGUUGCGCGCGUCUCGAACCGCCAGUCCGGUCGCGGAAAAACGUGACGUAGCCACGCCUCCCGGCCAAUGGGGACGGCGCAGGGAGCAACGGUAACCACCCCUGGCUUUCCUGCCUCUCCCCCCCCCUCACCCUACAGCCCGAGGCCGCCUGGAUCGAAGCGACGAGCCUGGCGGCGAGGCGUGGCGACGGCGUGCGCUGUGGUGAAGCCAGCCUCCCCCACCUCCUCAGCCGUCGGGAGACGCGCACUCGCCGUCGGCACGAGCGAGUCUCACCACGCACGCACACAACGCACGUCGCGGGGCGAACGAGCGGCGGCUGUCAGCGCGCGCCUACAGCGGGCCACGUGACUGCCACGCGCUUGCCCUGUGCGUGAGGACGACGGUCGAGGCUGACAGCCCGGCGCGCGCGAAUCCAGUGAGUUUGAAAGUCGAACGCCAAGGCGGCGUUUUCUUGUUCCGAACGGCCUGCGUUGCGUAUAGUUUUCAAAUGUGUUCAACCCGUAAAAGAGUACACUAGCAACGAUAGCGAUGACCGUGUUGACCGCGGCGUCUGCAAAUUGGGCCCUCUUCAACUGCAUACGUCCGAGCGCCUUCUACACCUGGACUUCUCCAUCGCGUUAGUCAGUUUAACAGUUCACGACUCACUCGGCUGUGAAGAGAAAUAAUAAACGAGAUCGUUGCUGCCAAGAACAGUUCAAGACUGGAUUCACUCUUCUGCUCGCUCCUGGCAGCUCUUCGCGGACCCACAACUGUGCCGCGUGCUCUCGUUGUUAUAGCGCUGCAUGUGCCAAUACGGUCGCGGCAUCUUACCGCAUUUCCAGGAGAAAGCUCGCUCGUGCACCCGAACAGUCUCGCUCUGAGGACAGCUCCCCGGCAUCUGGCGACCACCUGUGCGCACGAGGUUGUUCUGACUGCAGAGGGCGAAUCCGAGCAGCGAGCGACCAUGGCUUGUGCUGUCCACUCGGGCCUCCAUCGACUGCGCGGCCGGGUGACGCGAGCGCGCUGACUCGCUCCGACGACAGGUAGCCACAGCAGUACGGUGUCCUCUGAUUUCGGUUGUGGACCGCGAUGAGCGCCGCAGCAACUACAGCAGGCCUCCAGCAACAGCAGCAGCAACGGUGCGCAGCAGACAUGAGCGUCCAGGCGUCCCAGGUAGCCGCAUCCAAGCACCCGUCCCCGUCCACCACACGCCCGGAGCCACGGGACCUCUUCUGGAAUCGAACUACGGCGCAGGAGCAGCCGCACCCACCAGCACGCAGCAGCGGCGGUGGCGGCAGCCGCCACUCGUCGUCCCAACAGCAGCAGCAGCAGGCAGCCGCGGCCAACGAGGUCCGCACCGUGCUCCUCUACGGCGUGCCCAUCGUGGCGCUGGUGAUCGAGGGCCAGGAGCGGCUCAGCCUGGCGCAGAUCUCGAACACGCUGCUCAAGGACUACUCGUACAACGAGAUCCACAACCGCCGCGUGGCCCUGGGCAUCACCUGCGUCCAGUGCACGCCCGUGCAGCUGGAGCUGCUGCGGCGAGCGGGCGCCAUGCCGGUCUCGUCGCGGCGCUGCGGCAUGAUCACCAAGCGCGAGGCCGAGCGGCUCUGCAAGUCCUUCCUGACGGACACGCCGCCGCCGAAGCUGCCCGAAAACUUCGCCUUCGACGUGACCCACCAGUGCGCCUGGGGCUGCCGGGGCAGCUUCGUGCCGGCGCGCUACAACUCGUCGCGCGCAAAGUGCAUCAAGUGCGCCUACUGCUCGCUCUUCUUCAGCCCGAACAAGUUCAUCUUCCACUCGCACCGACUGCCGGACUCCAAGUACGUGCAACCGGACGCAGCAAACUUCAACUCCUGGCGGAGGCACAUCAAGCUCAGUGGGACUCCUCCGGAGGACGUCAGCUACGCCUGGGAGGACGUCAAGGCCAUGUUCAACGGGGGCUCGAGGCGACGCGUGGCCGUCUCUUCUUCUUCCUCGUCCUCUUCCUCGGCCUCCAAAAGGGCGCGCUCCUCGGCCGGCGACAGGGACGCUCUCCAGGCGCCGAAGCCGCAGCCUCAGCCGGUGACCGCCCCGCCGGCGCCCUACUUUCCGGUGCUGCCUCUGUCGAGCGGCGCUCCGGCAGCGCUCUUCCCGCCGCCGCUGCUGUGCCUGAGCGGCAGCAAGGCGACCGGCGGCGGAGCACCGGUGUUCGGCGACUACGUCUGGAUGGGCGGCGGCGGCGCCAAGCCGUACGGCGCGGCCGCCCUAUGGCCUCCACCGCCGCCGCCGCCAGGACCGCCGAGGCUGCUGGCCGCCGAGCCGGCCUUCGCGUCUUCGCUGGCCGACGACGCGCCGCCGGCCGCUCUGCUGGGAGGCCUGGGAGGCGGCGCGCCGCCGCUGUCCUACGCGUCCGCCUUCAGGCCCGUGGCCGGCACGGCCGUGGGCCGCGUCGCCAGGUCUCCCACGCUGCGGUCGUCGACGCCCGCAUGCGACACGACCACGGACCCGAGCCGUGCCGCCUCGGGUGGCGGUGCGACGGGUGCGGCAGCGGGCUCCGAGGCCAGCGACGGGGCGCGCUCCGAGGACGAGGACUCGGACAGCUUUCACGGCGAGGUGGACGUCACCGACACCAGCAGCGACGACGGCCGCACGCUGGUGGCCGCCGCCGCGCCGGCGCACACCAGCUCGUCGACACCGCCAAGCCCAGCGGCUUCGGAGACGGCGGCCGAAAGUCGAGCGGACGGUGGCCACACGCCGGUGCCGGACACCAGUGACGCUGGUAUCGCCAACAAGCAGGACGAAGAGACGAACAAGCGCGACGCUGAGCCAGAGAACGCCGUGACGUCCGUGGUGCAGCUGAUCAAGGAAGAGUGCCGGAAGCGAGACGCCCUCGAGGCGUCGCCAUAUUCGGAAACGCAAACCUUCGACCACUCUUUGGAUCCUUCGAGCAUAUUCACACUUAGCAAAGAUGAGCUGCGGGACGUACUGCUGAGAGAAGCACAAGCCAGGAAAAAAGUGGAAAGAGAGUGUCGCCUCAUGCGAGAAACGUUCGAGGAGCAAGUGCAGAAAGAGGUCGCGUACCGCGAAGAACUCACCAAGCAGUUGCAAGUCGUGCGAGACGCCCUGUGCCAGGAACUGGACCAGGAACGGAAGGCUAGAUUCGCUGUUCAAGCCAAGCUGAAAGAGCUUUCCCUGCACUACCAGCAGAUGCAGCAGCGAAGCAUUAUUGCCGGUAAGCAGUGGAGCUGGCAAUGCUUACGUCCGCGAGCUGAACCCAGGCGGCAGUUGUCCCUGACAGCCCGUCUUCUCCCGCGUUCCGCAGACACGCAUGACACGAUGCAGCAUCUCGCGUGCAAGAUGCUGGGCGCCAGGCACUGCGCCGAGUGCAGCUACAAGGCGGAGUGACGGAGCCAAGGCCUCGCGCAAGACUUCAUCGCGACAGAGCUGCAACGAUGAUGGACUGCGACCCGCUUGUGCCGAUCGCUGCAGCGGUGGUCGACGACAGCAGCACGAUGCCAGCGUGCACCAUCGCUCCCGCACAUCGCAUUGGAGGAGAACGCUGCGCGGCGUAGUCCGCUUCCGAGCGGACAUUCAAGUCGCGUAGUGUCCGUCGUGGCUGCGUUAUGAGCGCCCUUUCCUGACCCUCAAGAUGAACGCGUACGCUUUAUUCAGUGUCGGGUACCUAAACAAACAAGAGCGUGCCACACAUUUAGUUUUAUCCUCGGGCCAACUAGAGACGAGGCUGUAGAGACAAGCUCAGUUUAAACGCGUCAACACGUCCCGUAAAGUUAGCCCUUCUCUCUAUUUCUUGGCCUUUUUUCAACAAUGAUGAAUGUGCAGUGGUUACCAUGUCACAGUAUUCAUAAAGCACGCGCGACCAGUAAGUCUAAGUGGCAUACUGGCUUGCUCCAGCAGUGUGGACGCACCUAGCUUUGCCGUGUGGACCCUGACUCAAUACAGAGGAAAGAUAAACACGUUUACAAAACAACCAACUAUACGGCUAGCAAGCAUAACUCCUGGCUCCUAUCGCCUCUUUAGCUCGAACCUUGACGGCACGGUGAUUCAGACUAUGUCCGAACGCACAGUUCUAGUACAGUUUGCGUCGUGCAUUCCUAACGUCUCACAACUAAGGCGCCGGCUUCACGACGAUGAAGGUUGCAUUGGCGGAAAGCAUUAGAAAAAGUUUCUUUUCUCUUCGACGUCCGAAACUUCUAUCCAUUACAGAGACGACAAGCCAAGCAGAGCUUUCGCCAACCUUUAAAGCUUUCUUAAGUUGCAAAGGUUGACGCCAGUUUGUGUGAUACGUAUUUGAUUGCGGGAAACGGCGUUAGCGCAGACGCCUUCGUUGUCCGAUAAUGUUUUCUCGGAGCUGAAAGAUAUACUGAUGGCCAGUGAAAUGUGGGUGCGACGUUUGUGAUGAAAACGAUGAUAAAAACGCUGUUGUCAUCAGCGACGCUUCCACUGUGUGAGAGAAAAGGGAAAAUAGAAGGAAAGGCGUGGGAGCUAAAAUAAAAUUAAGUUUGGUGCCCUACACGUGGGCAGGGAGAUGGGGUACUGAAAGAGAGAAAGAAGAGGGGGGGGGGGGCGACAAAGAAAAAGCGAAGACGAGUUCAGAUCAAUCAAUCUCUCUGGCCAAAAAGGAGUAGUGUGUCCACUGUCGGGGCACUCACUGGAGAUGUGCUCGUGUGGCUUUCUGAGCCGAUGAGGUGUAAGGCCAGGACGUUAGCUUUCACUGCGACUAUAACUCUUGCAGAAGGGUGCAUGUUUGACAGCGUGGGAGUCAAGUUUCAGACUGCACGCAUUCCUAGAGAGUGAAUAUGUGAAUUGAGAAACGAAAAUCCAGGCAAUUAUGUGUCAGUCACAGAUAGACAUCUUUCUGGAUUUUCGUUUCUACGUUCACAUAUUCAUUCUCUAGGAAUGCGCGUAAUCGGAAGGUUGGCUUAACCGCCGAGCAUGCAGGCGGUAGAGCGGCGUACGUCCGUGCGAAUACUGUCUUUUACGAGAGGUUUUUCCGAAGCCCUGCAUCUGGAUCAUUACUUUAACGGCGUCAUCGUAUUACAGCAUUUCCUCGAGUUUUCAAACUCUGCUCAUUUAAAUAUCCCAUUUUUGUAGCUCAAAAAAAAAAAAAAAGUAAAGGUCUCGCGUGACAUGUGCUUAGAAUAGCUCCCAGACUUGCACACACGAUCCACCUGUUGCUUAUUUGAUUUAUAUAUAGGCACUGUUAUCACGUUCUCUUGAGAACGCCGCAACGUGGCAAGCUCGCAUGCAACUACACGGGGAAUAGGAGGCAUGUACAGGAGGCGCACGAAUUUGCUAGAUGCAGACUGCUGAAUUUUGACUCUCGCUUCAGCGCUAGCGUAUUGUCAGUCAAUUCAUUAGCAGUAAUAAAGUGGACAGAUGAAGUUUCAUUUCAAUCUUUCAGUUCCUUUUACGGUAAAGAAUCAUUUGGCAAGCCGCUAAAAUUCUUAUCGAUAGCAAUGACUAUCCCCGUCUGUACUCCGCCUUCGUGUUUCUUGCCUCCUAAUUCUGAAAAAAUUUAUUCCUUAAAAUUAUUCGUGACUUCGGCAUGCUGGAGGAUCAAAAUGUCAAAGCAAGCUAGCUAGGCGUUAGGUGUUUCAAGCUAGCGACUGCGCAUUCGACGUGGACAAAUUGAAGCCUUCGACCACUCGGUUGAGCAAAAUAAAGGCUGAUUUUCAAAAGCGCAGACGACGCACGGGUGAAAAAUGAGGCAUACGACAUCGGGUACUCCUGUCACGUCUGUUUUAUUAUUACUUCUCUUCGCCCAUACGUCCAUCGUCUAGUUUCUGAAAAUCAACUCCACGGUUUUCUUUCCUGGUACACACUGUCAUGUAUGUGCAAAAGAGUACGUGCGACCAGUGUACAAUGCGAAUGCUCGUGCUGCCCCGUUUCAUUGGCGGGCUGUUUUGCGUGUCACACAAGUGCGCCAACCAAACGUUGAAGCAAAUAAAUCACUGGUAUUUGUUUUGAACAACGCUGGA